AUGGGGCGAGUGUUAUGUCUGUGCUGGGAGCGGGUGUGGGAGAAGGUGGACGUAGACGACCUCGGAAUGAAGACGAAUUAUGGGUGGCUUCCCGCGAUGCUCGAGACCGCGUCGUACAAUGACCUCAUGAUUUCGGAAUUCGCAAAGCGCGAACCCACCAACGGCUUCACACACAUGUAUCCCGGCUCCGUCAACACGGCGAUGGUCUUUCCCUCUAACCCUAUUCUCGAGGUCAUCAUACGCAUUAUCCACCCAAUCCUUCGGUUAUUCCUCCUGAACGACUCGGCGCAGUCCACCGACCACGGAGAUGAUAUAGGUCUAAAGAAAUUCCCAGCGGCGGACAGUAUGACCCCGGAGGAGCUGCAGAAGAGGUUAUGGAACCAUACGCUUCAGGAGACUUCUAUUUCGUAG